AUGGGCCAAGAUGGUGGACCCGAAUUCAAAAAGCUUGGCAUGUGUGGCACGGGAAGCAUGGGUGGAAUGAUGUCUCUCCUCUAUGCCGAGAAUGGUGUUGAUGUUUACUACUUCGAUCCCGAUGAGACGAAUGUUUCCAAAUUACAGGGCGAGGCCAAAGCAGUCGGCCUUGACAAGUCUAUCCACUCUCAGAAAGACUACAAGGAGAUGUGCAAGAGCCUGGAGUCUGAAAACGAACCCAAACUGUUUGUGUACAGCAUACCGCAUGGAGGACCCGGUGACGCUGUACUCAAAGAACUACGCCCGAACCUAAAAAAGGGCGACAUCAUCCUCGACUGCUCAAACGAGUACUGGAAAAAUACAGAACGACGACAAAAAGAACUCGACCCAGAUGGCAUCCACUACAUCGGCUGUGGUGUCAGCGGUGGCUACCAGAGCGCGAGAAGCGGGCCGUCCAUGUCCCCGGGCGGCGACGCAGAUACACUGAAGAAGAUACUGCCCUUCUUGGAAAGGGUCGCAGCAAAGGAUGGCAAAGGACGACCAUGUGUGACACCCAUAGGACCACACGGAAGCGGACACUACGUCAAGAUGCUUCACAAUGGCAUCGAGCAGGGCAUGAUGUCUUCGAUCGCCGAGAUCUGGUUCAUCAUGCACAAAUGUCUGGGUAUGGAGUUCGACCAGAUCGCCGACGUCUUUGAGUCAUGGAACAAGGAUGGGCCUUUGCACGACAACUUCCUCGUUUCGAUCGGAAUCGACAUCAACCGAACGAAGAAAGACGACGGAAGUUUCGUGCUUUCCGAGGUUCUCGACAAGGUCGUCCAAGACGCCGACAACUCGGAAGGGACCGGUAUCUGGACCUGCGAAGAAGCCAUCCGUCUGCAUGUCCCGGCUCCUACCAUCUUGUCUGCACACAUGUUCCGCCUCGGCUCCUCAGAUGCCGCAAGACGACUUGAAGUCAACAGAGUCUUCGACGGUGGCGUGGAGCCUCGCACAUUCAAGAUCGAGAUCGAAGAGUUGCAGCUCGCCCUCUACGCUGCCUUCCUGCUCGCCUUCAUCCAGGGUCUGCAAAUCAUCAAGGCAAUGGAUCGCCAGGAGGGCUGGAAGCUCGACUACCGCAAGAUUGUCCAGAUCUGGCGCGGCGGCUGCAUCAUCCAAUCGGACCACAUAUCCGACGUGCUGGACUCCAUGCUCGGACGUGAUGACCACAACGACGACAUCCUCCUCGCCAACCGUGAGAUCGCGAGUGAACUGUCGAAAGCUUACAAGCCGCUCAAGAACGUGGUGCUCAAGGCAAUCGAGGCCGACGCUUAUGUGCCUGCGCUCAGCGCCUCGCUCGAAUACUACAAGUACUCGAGCUCGACACUGCUGCCGACGCAGUUCAUGGAGGCGGAGCUUGAUUAUUUUGGCGAGCAUAUGUAUGAGAAGUGGAGCGAGUAUCCAGGCGAGCCCGCGAAGAAGGGCCCACAUCAUUACGAGUGGAAGCGUGCAACGGGAAAAGUGGAUAAGAAGAACGAGAACAAAUCGUGA